AUGCUUCGGCGCAUUCGCUUCCUGUCGGCGCUCCACGCAUGGUUGAUCCGUGGCCUAGUCUCGGCCGCGGCACCUGAGCAGAAAGGCAGGGAAGGGCCGGGACCCAGGGUGAUGCUGAGCGUCAUCACACGGAACCGUUUCUGGCGGCACGCGCUCUCCACCUUGUCUUUGCGGAGCUCGGUGGAGAAUGCGCAGCAGGAGCUUCCCGACCUUCACCUCGAGUGGCACCUGAUUGAUGAUGCAAGCAGCGGAAGCAAGUCUUCAGAGAAGCAGUCCAUGAUCCAAGAAUUGGUUGAAGCCGGGCAGAUUCGAAAUUUUACGAGGAUGUCCCGACACCUGGGAACUGUUCGAGUCCUGGCUUUGGCUGUUGAAACAUUUCUCAGCCGAGCUGACCUUGACUUCUUUCUUCACUGCGACGACGACAUCUUGAUGGGCCGGACAACAGUCGUGCGUGCCCUCAGGGACUAUAUGACUGAUAUAACCGACGGUGGGAUUUUGGCGCUCUUUGUGAACUCCUGGCUGGAUGACCAGCUAUCUCAUGCAGAUCCAGCAUUUGGACCGUAUGCGGUGGCCCCCUUCCUCGGUGGUGCUGCCUACAUCGUAGAUCGCAAGACUCUGACUGUGACCGGAAACCCCUGGGCGCAAGCGAUUGCCAGCAAUAAUCGAAUAACACCCCACGAGGCACAUGUUUUCUGGCUCAGGCAGUUGUUGCCUUCCCGGGGUCAACGGAUAUGGGUGAGAUGGAAGCAGCCUUACGAGUGUCAGCACUUGGGGAACGUGAAUACAAUGAACUUUGGGAGGCAGCCUGAGUGGGAGCCCAUGUGGGCCAUCGACCACGAGUCCAAGCGCGUCGUGGAAGUUCCCGGCUACACAUCCGCUGAUGUUCGUGCUGCGCUGUGGAAUGACCGCAAGCUUUUGCCGGACUAUGUUGCCUUCCAGAAUGCCAAGAUGCGAAACCCAUUAAAACAGCUUCCCUCCACGGAAACAUCCGGCGCAUGGUCUCCCUGGGCCUACCGCAGGCGUCACCUCAACUACUUGGAGAUUGGAACAGCUGACUUCGACACACUGCUUUCUCGGCAUGUUUGGCGGGAGGACGUCCACGGAAUCUCGGUCGAGCCGUUGAGGAUCUACUUCGAUAGGCUGCCAUCUCAUGGAGGUGCUAACAAGCUCCUGCUAAACGUGGCCGUGAGUGACUACGACGGUUUCGACACGCUCUACUUCGUUCAGCCUGAGCUGGUCGGGCCGCACCGCGGGUCUGAGAGCCUGUGCGACCAGGCGCUGCUGUCAAAGCUGGGCCUCGACGAGUGCCUUCCAGGAUGGGUCCGGGGCACCUCCUCCCUGAAGAGACCACCUGAGGGUGUCCGGCAACUGCUGGGCAAGCGGGCCAUGGAUGUGAUGGGAAGGGUGCAGGUUCCUUGCAUGACCUACGAGACCUUGCUGACAGUGUACGGCAUCGGUUCCCUGGGUCUACUGAAGAUAGAUGCCGAAGGCUUCGAUGCCAACAUCUUGCGUCAGGUUCUCGAGCUUGGCCGCAAGCGGGGCCUGUGGCCGUGGCAGGUUCAAUUUGAGAAGAACAUUCUGUCGGACUGGGAGAUGUUGGAUGCGCAGGUGAUCGAACUACACCGGGAAGGAUACCGCUGUCGCAUGACCGACGUAGAAGCCAAGAUUUUGGCGACGCUCGGAGGCUUUACGUUCUUCGGCAAUGACGGCAAUGGUGAGAAAGAAGGCUUUGACUCAGAGCCGCUGGACGAUGCCAUGGAGCUGCGGACCUUGCGGCGGGACGAUGUGCUGGGUAAACUAGAGGCCGGCCCUCCACCUGAUCCGCCUUCUCCAGUCGCAGUCGCCGUCGCAGACGGUCUGGAAGCUCCCGAACCAGAAGGCAUUGCGCUCAGGCAGAGUGGGCAAGCUCUUUCAUCAGGCGAGGGUCAGUGUGAGGCUUCAGCUUCUCCAACAGGUGAUGUCGCUGCAGCCACCACCCGGAUGGAUGGCGAGGCCGAGGAGCUGGAGGCCGAGUGCGAGGUCCUGGAAGCGGCGGCGCAGUCCUUGAAGCUCUCGCAGCAAAGCUCGCACCUGACGGAGCUCGUCUCUGAGGGCCCAGGCGGGCCUUCCCUCUCCGAGAAGCCGGAGGCCGGCCUGGCCUGGGAGGUGGGUGAGCCGAUCUCCGCGCUGCAUGUGCCGGGUCAGGGCUCCGCAGGUGUCCAGGAAGUGAAAGCAGGCACGUUGCAGGACUCCGUGAGCAGUCCUGCUCACUCAGCCGUCACGACUCCUGCUACGAGCGGCUACCAGACUCUACCCAAGGGAGUGGACCCGGUUGAGGUGGCCUGCGAUCCCGUGCCCGGUGCAGUCUUCACGGCGGAGGAUGAGGCUGUGAUGGGCUUGAAGCGGCGUGGAGGUGUGGAGGUUGUCGUGGAGCCCCCGCGCGCGAAGGCCGCGAACGCACUGCAGCGUGAGCCUCUCUCGGCGCGCUCGGCGCGGUCCCGGGAAGGCGACUUGGGCGACCCUGGUUUGCCCAGCGAAGCUCGCAAGCCGAGCUCGGGCGACGGCUCGCCGCCAACGCCAGCGGGCUCCGGCUCCCUGGGCCUGCGAGGCGCUCCUGCGCCAAUGGUCGCCCGGCCGCAUGCGCAAGGCAGGCCUCCCAGGCAACCUGCGACUCCAGCGGGCUCCGCUGGCAGUACGGAGUCAGAGCAGCCGAGCCUCCCGCGCAGGCGCACACCGUCCCUGGGGCGCAGACCCAGCUUGCCGAAGGCUGACUCUGCCAGACGAAGCUCCUCAGCAGGUCGGUCUGGCAACCGGAAGUUGGUGCGGAAUGCCCUCGAAAAGUACUGCCUCAAGGGCGAUGCCAAUCGAGAACAGCGUGAGCUCGUUCUCAAAUCCUUCGAUGAAGACCUGGAGAGGUUUGAUCGCUUCAUCAUCCUCUUCCGGAGCAUUCACACUGGCCGGCAUGAUCUCCGAGCGCUGUAUGGCUUUUCAGAGGGAAGCUGGUCUCGCGUGCUGCAGAUUCUGCCCUCCCCCGCGUCCCUGGAGGAACGGAUGGUUGUGCAGUGCCUGAGAUACGACUCCGGUGGCAAGGAGUUCAAGGAGGUGCCCGCGUCGCAAGAGCCGCUGUCAGUGGCGGAUGCAGUGUUCUUGCAUCCACAAUUCUUGCAAAGGUCUCGGGUGGUCGUGCCAUGA